UAUCCCCUGCAUAUGGUGUUUAUAUAUCUCAAGUGAUUCGAUAUGCAAGAGCUUGUUCUGGGUAUAGUCAGUUUUUAAAUCGAGGUAAGCUACUGACAAACAAGUUGAUGGUACAGGGAUUUCAACAGUCUCGAUUGAAGUCAGCAUUUCGCAAAUUCUAUGGUCGUUAUAACGAUCUAGUUCGUCAAUACAACCUCGCAUUGGGUCAAAUGCUGUCUGACGUGUUUCAUACCGAUUGUUAAGCCGUUCUUGGCACACUGAUUUUGACUGCAGAUAACUCCGUUUACCUGAUUUAGGAUAUAGGGCUCACGGCGGGUGUGACCGGUCAACAGGGGAUGCUUACUCCCCCUAGGCACCUGAUCCCACCUCUGGUGUGUCCAGGGGCCCGUGCUUGCCCAACUAUCUAUUUUGUAUUGCUUAUAGGAGUUAUGAGAUUGAUCACUGUUCGUUAUGUUCACCUUGCAUCCAACUAACGAACCACUUUAAAGAGUUUGUAGGUUAUCAAAUUUAAAAACGCAAGAUGGAGUAUGCAACUAAUCUUGAUAGCUGUUCAGAUGAAAUGUGUAGGCUACAUGUGGGAUAAAGUGCAGUUGUCCCUACAUAUACUAUGUAGGCCUAAUGUUUACUUUGGAGCGCAAGAUCCGACUUUGGUGUCGCUCAGACAGACAUCCCACAAAAUCAGGCCAUGCAACAGAACAUGUAGUAGAGAUAAUUUGCGUCUUUUUAUUCCAUUAGAGUUUUAUCAAGCUACGUUAUAACUUACCCUAGCAUGAACAUUGUCUCCUAUUCAAUCCGAGAGAGUAAAAUACAAGCAAUUCACAGAUCGUGGUCCACAUGUCAGUCGAUGCGACACGACGUCAUUUAACAGGACAAGACGCAUUCUAUAUUUUGAUAGGCGGGUCAAGAAACUUUAAUCUAUUGUUUGCAAGAAAAUUGCCGCCAUUAGUGACAAAUCUUUUCUAAAAUUCCCAGAUAUUUACUAGAAGUUUGCUACAAUUGUUUGCCACUAUUGGCAAAGUUCUGUAAUGUUUUGGUGAAUAAUCAUGGCAAACAAAUCUAAUUACCACAAACUUGCCGCGAGUUAAUGACAAAGUUGUGGUAAGCAUUUAGCUUUGGUAAGGGUACACACACGCACACUAGCGAUGAUAUAUCAUCUUUGCAACUAGUUGCGAGAAGGGAUAACAAAUACAUAAGAAAUAUAUUUUUAAAAUUAUCAAAAACAUAAAAAAUACAUUUGAUUAUGAUCAUAAGUCCAAUCUACUCCUGAAAUGCGUUAAUUCAAAAUAUUUACUGGGAAUCACCAGUACCAAAGAAAAACAUGCAGUAUCAUAUCGAUCCAAAUGCAUUGCUCUAUUGUGAGUAAUAAUUAAAAAAAAUAUAUGCAAAGUCAUACUUUUAGUUAGGUCCUAAAUAUUGCCCUCCUACAAGGUAAAAUACAAAAAUACCCAAGAAAGUAUUUGGGAAAGGUACAGUAAUGUUUUAAUGGACCAUCAGAUCGAUUUCUCAUCAUUGAUAUGACAACGUUAGGUAAAAGAAAAUCAUCGCUAACGAGACAACGUUAUGACAAAUCUAACAGACGCUAUGUGGUCUUUGUUGGUUCCCUGCUCAUUCAUUUCAUCGCCAUGGCAAUGCCGUCUGCGAUGUUGGGGAUCGUUUAUGUUGACGUCAUCAGAGAAUUUGAAGCAGACGCUUCCUUGGUGGCCUUAAUGCAGUCUUUGUUUCGCGGUAUCGUGUUUGGUGGAGGAGUGGUAGCGGAACUUCUUAUCAGACGAGUAGGGGAAUUCCCGUGUAUGAUGGCUGGAUCAUUGCUAGGAAGUCUUAGUUUUCUAGCAGCAGCAUUUUCAGAAAGUGUUACCACAAUUGUUCUUCUUGUUGGUGUUGGUGGAGGAUGUGGAUUUGUGUUUGCAGUAUUCUUGUCAUAUGUCAAUGCCAGACGAGCAUUCCAGGGUCACUCAUCUAUAAACAAGUUCCUUUCAUCUAUUACCAUUGGAGCUGGAGUGGGGUUGUUCGUAACACCUUAUAUGACUGAGUAUUUCCUACGAGAGUUCGGAUGGCGAGGAACUUUCAUGAUAGCUGCUGGAAUAUUCUUUCAUCUUAACCUGAUUGGGAUAGCAGUGAAAUUAAAUUUACCACCAUUAGAUAAGACUGAAUCUAAAGACUUCAAGUGGAAUGACCAAUUUGCCGUUUUCAAAAAGAGAGGGUUUUCAAUUUACAUAUUCGAUGUUUUUCUCUUUGGAAUGUUUGGUUUCGCUGAGUCAUGGUUUCUACCGGAUUUCAUCGUCUCAAACAAUUAUACCAAAGAAGAUGCUGCAUUGUUACUUACUGUGAGCGGCGUAUUCAAUGUGGGUGGACGAAUUCUCGCGGUACCUCUAUCAUCAUUCUUCAGUCGACCCAAGAUACUGUAUCACUGGAGCUACAUCUGUCUAGCCUUGGCUAUCAGUCAUGCGCUAUACCCAUACUUCCUUCAGUCCCACCCAGUCCUGAUGAUCACCUCCGGACUAUACGGUACUUGCUUUGGACUACUUAUUUCUCAAGGCGCACCCAUUGUUCUUCAGUCACUCCCCAUGGAUCUUUUUCCGAUUGGAACAGCAAUCGAAAUGACCUCCUAUGGAGUUUCAACUGCGGUUGGCGGAUAUAUUGGUGGAUUAAUUCGUGACGUCACAGGUGGAUAUGAAGGCGUCUUCUACACUGCAUCGGUAUCGUCUAUUAUUUGUUCGUUUGCGUCAUUGCUUCUCAUUAUUGUGGAUAACAUUUAUAAAAGAAGAGACAGAAAACAUGUUCAUAAUAACAACUCUAUUUCCAUAAUCUCACACCUAUAAUAAUGCAUUUGACAAUGUGGUCACGAUAUUGAGAUCACGUAACACGGCUUUAAGAACAUCCACGAAAUUUCAGAAACGAUUGUUUAUCUUCACCCUUUAUAGUCAGUGUCCUUAAUUAAAAAAAUGUUUAACAGAAAAAAGAAUAUAUACUGGAAUAACUGUU